AUGUGGAGAAAGCAUCAAGUGAGUGGAAAGCCAUUAUGUAACAAGUGUGAACUCUACGUGUUGAGAUAUGGCACCGAUCGACCCUUGGUGAAUCAACUCAAAUGUGGAAAAAAACGUAAAUUCGUAAAUUCCAUGGUGGGUUCGACUUGUUCACUACUACCAACCGCUACUGCUGAAGCAUGGGUGAAUGCAGCUAGUAAUGGUUGUACUUGUUCAACAGGGUUGACAACAUCGAAUGCAUGUUCUCAAGCAUGUCUUACUAAAAAGAAGAAACAAGAAGAGGAGAGAGAUCAGCCUCAUGGUAAGGAGCAGAAGGUUGCUUCUAUCACUGCUAUGACAACGAGAAGUGGUGCAUGUUUGUCCUCUACCCCACAGCUAUCUGAAAUUAUUCAUGGACAAGAAAGUGGUGGAUGGUCCUCAUUGUCUGCAUUGAAAGAUCGUUUGCAAGAGGCCGCUGAAAGAUAUCCUGAUAUUAUUCAUACCUUCAUUUCAAUCGUUCGAAAACAUGUCCUAACUCAACCUCAGGUAGUGUCACGUUAUAUUAUCGCCCAAACUCCAGUUCAUGAAGAAUUCACAAUGGAGAAUCAUUCUACAGAUCAGCCAUUGAUGGAAGAGUGCUUGUUGCGUUUGGACAGUUCCACACCCUAA